AUAGAUAUGUCUGUUAUAAAUACACCAGAGAAUGCAAGAAGUAAUGAGACUCGUUUAGAGUCCAACUUGCAGGUCACUUUGGCCGAUGAGACUGUUGAUGCUGCAGAGGUGGUGUUGAUCUUGGAUGCAGGUUCACAAUACAGCAAGGUGAUUGAUAGACGUGUACGUGAAUUGAACGUCGCCUCAGAGAUACAUCCAUUCAACACCAAGUUGCAACCAUUGCUCGCUCGUGGCAACGUGCGUGCUAUCAUCGUGUCUGGUGGUCCAGAGUCUGUCUACUCGUCCAAGGCACCCACCUACGAUCCCUACCUCUUCGAGGCCGAUGUCAAGGUUCCCGUCCUCGGUAUCUGUUACGGCAUGCAGCUCAUGACCCAUCUCUACGGUGGUCAUGUCGAGAAGAAGGAUCAUCGCGAGGAUGGUGUUCACAACAUCAUCAUCAAAGUGUCACGCACACUUAUAGGCAACUCUGAGUUGUUCCACGGCAUGCAACAGAGCGAGAGAGUGUUGCUCACUCAUGGAGACAGUGUGACUGCACUGCCACCUGGAUUCACAGAGAUCGCCGUGAGCGAGGGAGGCGUCAUCUCAGCCAUUGAGAACUUGAGCAAGCAGUUCUACGGCCUGCAGUUCCAUCCAGAGGUCGAUCUGACUGAGAACGGCAAGACGAUCCUGCAGAACUUUUUGUUCAGAAUCGCAAAGUGCACUGGCAGCUACACAUUGGAGGACCGUGAGCAGACGGCCAUCAAGGAGAUCAGGGACACCGUGGGCUCGGGCAAGGUGUUGGUGUUGGUCAGCGGUGGUGUCGACUCGACCGUGUGCGCCGCACUCAUCUCCAAGGCCAUCGGACCAGAGCGUGUGAUCGCUCUGCACAUUGACAAUGGAUUCAUGCGCAAGGAGGAGAGCGCCAAGGUGGAGAAGGCACUGUCCGUGCUCGGCCUGCGUCUGAUCGUGGUCGACGCCUCACAAACAUUCUACAACGCCACGACCACAAUCAAGGGCGUCCCAACCGCACAGCUCAAGGUCACCGUGCACCCAGAGGAGAAGCGCAAGAUCAUUGGAGACACAUUCAUGCGUGUGGCCGAGGAGGAGGUCAAGAAGCUGGGUCUGAACCCCAACGAGGUCUACCUCGCCCAGGGCACCCUGCGUCCAGACCUCAUUGAAAGCUCGUCCAAGACUGUGUCUGGCGUGGCCGACGUCAUCAAGACACAUCACAACGAUACCGAGCUGGUUCGUCUUCUUCGUGAGACUGGCCGCGUCGUCGAGCCUUUGAAGGAUCUUCACAAGGAUGAGGUCCGCGAGCUUGGCAAGAGUCUUGGUCUGUCUGAGGACCUCGUCUGGAGACAGCCAUUCCCAGGCCCCGGUCUCUCAAUUCGUAUCCUUUGCACAGAGAAGCCAUACAUUGAGGAGAAGUUCGACUUGACCAACAACGUUCUACAGUACAUCGUUACCGCACAGGCAGACUCUUUGGAGGACAGCGUAAAGCUGAGAAUCGACACUCAACUUAGAGACAUGGGCUGCUUUGAUGCCGUCCGCUCAAUCAAGGACAUCAGCCCACUGCUGCUGCCCGUGCAAACUGUCGGUGUACAGGGAGAUGGUCGUACCUACUCCUACCUCGUUGGUCUCUCACAGCAGACCCCCAACUGGGACCAGCUGUUCCAGCUGGCCAAGGUCAUCCCCAAGCUUUGCCACAACGUCAACCGUAUCGUCUACGUCUUUGGCGAGGUCAUCAACUCCAAGACCACAGUGAUCCGUCAGAUCACCCCAACUCACCUGGUCCCAGACACCAUCGCUCAGUUGCAGCUUGCCGACAGCCUCGUCAAUGAGGUGCUGCUCAAGUACCAGCUGAUCCGUUCGCUCAGCCAGGUGCCCGUCAUCCUGCUACCAGUAUCAUUCGACGGCGACUCGACCAAGAGAUCGAUCGCCAUCCGCACAUUCAUCACCAACGACUUUAUGACUGGUGUGCCCGCCGUCCCACACAAGACCAUCCCAAUGGAGGCCGUCACCGAGAUGGUUGACAAGCUGAUGCAAAACACUCCAGGCAUUUCCAGAGUUGUAUACGAUCUCACCAGCAAGCCACCUGGAACAACAGAGUAU